AUGGCCUCCGUCUCUGAGCUCGCCUGCAUCUACUCCGCCCUCAUCCUCCACAACGGACGACACCACAAGGUGACGGUCACGGAGGAUAAGAUCAGUGCCCUCAUUAAAGCAGCUGGUGUCAGUGUUGAACCUUUCUGGUCUGGCUUGUUUGCAAAGGCCCUGUCCAAUGUCAACAUUGGGAGCCUCAUCUUCAAUGUAGGGGCUGGUGGGCCUGCUCCAGCAGUCAGAGCCGCACCAGCAGGCGGUCCUGCCCCCUCCACCGCUGCUGGCCCAGCUGAGGAGAAGAAAGUGGAAGCAAAGAAGGAAGAAUCCGAGGAGUCUGAUGACGACAUGGGAUUUGGUCUUCUGGUCUCUGAAGGAGUUUUCCAUCCUUUGGAUGACUUUGGUCACAAGACAAUCCUGGCACACCUUGAGUGUCUUACAUUAUUGGAUACUGCAAAGACUGCACCGUAA